CCGGAGUGAGCCUCUGGUCACAGGUCACUCUCUGGGUCCCACCCAUCACCUUCUCACUGUGGUAGCAGCUAGAGAGUUGAAGCCAGUGUCCAAGCCUUUCGGGAUGGUUUUAGAAGGAGCAUUGCCAGUGCUGCAGCCAGAUAUGACCCUGAACACUGGUGUCACCUUAUCUCCUUCUUGGAUCCUGCCCCCCCUGCCACCCACCCCAGUUCCAAUACACCAGCUGCACUGGGAGCCACCACCACCACCCUUUGGGAAUGUACCUCUUCCUCAGGGUAACCCCCUGGUGCUUUCUCCUUUCCCCGGGAUACCUGUGGUGGCAGGACAUGGUGGCUAUGGCCUGACUAGGGCUGGGCCUUUCAACAUCACUGCCCAAACCAGGACAGCAGGGAGGCCACCAGGGUCUCUGUUGACUCAGAAGGUUGUCCUCACUCAGGCUCCACUCAUCAGGGGAGCCCCAGGGGUCCUGUAUGAGAGUAUGCAGCAUCCUGCUCCCCAGGUGUUGAGAGCUCCGCCCAUGACCACCAUGGUGCCUGCCCCAACUGGGGUGAAUGUCCAUGUUGAUGAUGGGAUGUGGCCUCGGGCCCUUCAUCCUCCAGCCAUACUACCAGAGCCCUCCACCACAUCUGGGGUGAACAAGGUUCCACCACCAUGCUGGGACUGCAGAGAGGCUGGCCUGGUCACCUCCCAGGCCAAUGCCUCACCAGACCACACCUGCAAGUCUCCAAGUGUCUAUGAGAACUUCCGGCGCUGGCAGCAUCUCAAGACCCUGCUCCGGAGACACCUUCCCCACAUUCCUGAUGCGGAAGCAGUGUCCUGCUUCCUUGUGCCAGUGUUUCGGUCCCUGUCCCGCCGGCACCCAACCAUGAAUGUGGAGGAGGGCCUGCGCAUAGGUGUGCGGGAAUGGGACUGCAGGAGCAACUACGAGCGCAUGACAUUCUACGAGGUGGCUGCAGAGUUCAUGGAGUUUGAAGCUGCUGAAGAGAUGGAAGAUCCUAGAUUACAGAUGAUGGGACUCCCUGGCCAUCCAUGUCCUGCCCCACCUAGGCCAGAACCUCCCAGGACCCCAGUUCCUGAGGUUUUCCAGCAGCCAGUGUGCAUUCUCAGACAGACAGACCCCAAGGCUCAGGCUGCCUGCCCAUCAGCACGCAAAUGCAAACAGUCACAGGACCCUCAGGUGCAUGAUGACAUCCCUCCUGAAGCCGUGAGGGAAUACAUAGACACUAUGGACUGGCUGGAAGAACAUCAUCUCUUGGCCAUGGAAGAGCCUGAUGAAAACCAGGAAGAGGAGCAGCAGCAGGAAGAGGAUGAGUUAUACCCAGACCCGGAUCUCUUGAGUUACUGUGAUGAGCUAUGUUCCCAAGAAGACUUUGUUACCAAGGUGGAGGCCAUUAUCAACCCUCAAUUCCUGGUAGAAGCAGAAUCUACAGACUUAGAGAGGGACAUCAUCUUGGCUGUAAGGCAGGUGCUAGAAGAGGAACACGGACUCACUCCUGAGCAGCUGGUGGAGAAGCGCCUCCUGGGCUCCAAGGCAAAGGGAGGUGUGUGUAGGCCCUGGAGCCGAGGUGCACCCAGAUCUGCUGCCCGCCAAAUUGCAGAGCAAGAUGACUGUGAUUCCAAGCUAAAGGUCAACAAGGAGACCUGCCCCACUCCAAAAGCUUCCCAGGUCCUUAAGAGAUGCUGGGCCACAGAUGAAGAGCCUCUGGGGCCUGAGAUCCCUGCUGUCCUGCACAGGCGACAAAGCUAUGUUCCACUGGGCCACUCUGGUCCCAGCGCUUUUCCCCAGGACCUGGCACCCAGAUGUGCCCUGGGCCUCAGAGGAGCCUUUCCUACUGUGGGGCCACAGGAGCCACUGUCUGGCCCCGGUGAGGAUGAGGGGGACUUCUCCAGCCUGUCCUUCCUCCUGGCUUCCCCUCGCCAGCUGCUGCCCUGGGAAUGGCCCCAUAUCCCAGGCCCUGACGUGGGCCUCCUCAGCCCUGAAGGUCCAACCUCCCAAGCCUCACCUCCCCAGGAAGGAAGCCUCAGCCCUGACUUCCCUCCACCUGCCAAGUCCAAGAAGCGAGUCCUCACAGGAGGUUCAGCUCCUGUGGGAAAGGUGCCCUGCCCAGGGCCUUCCUGCAUUGGCUCUGGAGGGCAAGAUUUGGCUCAGGGGCUGGUUCCACCCUCAUGGCCUCAGAAGGGGAGGUGUAAGAAAUUAGGCUCCCAGAGGAAAAGGAAGAGGCACUGAAACCAUAGGAUUGGUGGGCAGACUCUGGGGUGCUGGUCCCUCAGGUGGGCCUUGGCAGAUUUCACUUUGGCUGCAUCCUGCACCCCACGAGCCAGAGGUCCUUCCUCACUGAGCUCUGAUGCAGCUGCUCUGGGACAUGAGAGGUGACUGGAGCGGGAGGGGUGGGAGGGAGGAGCCUGCCUGGGGGGUGGUGGGGGCUGUUCAUUGGCAAUGUAAAUAAAGAUGACUU